GUGGUCUCUCUUGGCGGGUUGGAGCCCGAUGGGUGGUUGGUUUUUGCUUUGGCAAAGCUCCGUGGAAGGGAAUGAGCAGAUUGUUUUGAUGCUUUCCCUGUAGAUGGAAGACGGUCACUCCCUUUUCGAUUACAGCGUCGGACUGAACGACAUCGUUCAGCUCCUGGUGAGACAAAGCCCAGCGGUGCUCCCCGCUGUGAGUAAGGAGAAGGAUCCCGAACUCUCCGACACCGAUUCCGGCUGCGGCUCCGGCCAAAGCGAAUCGGACAAAAGCUCCCACAAUGGGGAGGGUGCCCUGGAGCUGGAGGGACAGCCCAGCACCGCUGCCCAGCAGGACUGGCCCGACCCCGGCUUCGGCCUCUACAAGAUCAAUGACUUGGUCGACGCUCGAGAUACGAACAUGGGAGCGUGGUUUGAAGCCCAGGUUGUAAAUGUAACCAGGAAAAAACCUACAAAGGAAUCAGCUGAGAGUUGCACAGAUCCCGAUCAGCCGACGACCGUGCCCGAAGAAGAUGUAAUAUACCACGUGAAAUACGAAGAUUACCCAGAGAACGGAGUUGUAGAGUUGAGUUCGAGCGAUGUACGGGCUCGUGCACGGACUAUUUUGAAGUGGCACCAGCUAGAGGUAGGACAGGUGGUGAUGGUCAACUAUAAUCCCGAUGAACCAAAAGAGAGAGGUUUUUGGUACGAUGCGGAGAUUCUGCAAAAAAGGGAAACGAAAAUGAUCAAGGAGAUAAAUGCAAAGAUAUUACUUGGGGAGGCUGGGGAUUCCUUGAAUGACUGCAGAAUUACAUUAGUGGAUGAAAUCUAUAAAAUCGAAGAACCAGGCACUGCUUCUCCAAUUAACGCCUGUCCAUUAAAACGACAGAACGGACCCGUGUGUAAAGCUUGUAAGGACAACCCCAACAAGACCUGCAGAAUCUGUGCGUGCCAUAUCUGUGGAGGCAAACAAGAUCCAGAUAAACAGCUCAUGUGUGACGAGUGUGACAUGGCUUUCCACAUCUACUGCCUCAACCCUCCCCUUAGCAGUAUUCCAGAUGAUGAGGACUGGUAUUGCCCUGAAUGUCGAAAUGAUGCAAGUGAGGUGGUUUUAGCAGGAGAAAAAUUAAAAGAAAGUAAAAAGAAACAAAAGAUGGCAUCUGCUAAUUCAUCCUCGCGGAGAGACUGGGGCAAGGGUAUGGCUUGUGUUGGUCGCACAAAGGAAUGUACCAUCGUCCCCUCCAACCACUAUGGACCAAUUCCUGGCAUUCCCGUUGGCACCAUGUGGAAGUUCCGAGUUCAGGUGAGCGAGUCCGGCGUGCACAGGCCCCACGUAGCAGGGAUCCAUGGCAGGAGUAACGAUGGGGCCUAUUCCCUGGUGCUGGCAGGAGGCUACGAAGAUGACAUAGAUCAUGGAAAUUCCUUCACAUAUACAGGGAGCGGAGGGCGCGAUCUGUCUGGAAACAAACGCACAGCGGAACAGUCUUGUGAUCAAAAACUCACCAACAUGAACAGAGCUCUGGCUCUGAACUGCAGUGCUCCCAUCAACGACAAAAACGGAGCUGAAGCCAAGGACUGGAGAGCUGGGAAACCCGUCCGCGUGGUGAGGAACGUAAAAGGAGGCAAACACAGCAAAUACGCUCCUGUAGAAGGGAACAGAUACGAUGGAAUAUAUAAGGUUGUGAAAUACUGGCCCGAGACGGGGAAGUCUGGAUUUCUAGUGUGGCGUUACUUGCUUAGGAGGGAUGAUGAAGAACCUGCUCCUUGGACCAAAGAAGGAAAGGACAGGAUGAAAAAGUUGGGCCUAACAAUGCAGUAUCCUGAAGGGUAUUUGGAAGUUAUUGCAAACAAAGAUAAGGAGAAGGAAAAUAAUGGAGAUGAUGAGUUUGAUACCCCGGGGAAAGGAAAGAGGAAAAGGAAAUCAGCAGGUGGGGAGGAAAAGCUCAUUACCUCUCCCACAGGGACUCCAAAGAAAACUAAAGUUGAGCCAUACAAGCUGACAUCUCAGCAAAAAGCUCUCAUAAAAAGUGAUGAAGCCAAUGAAAAACUGUGGAAUGAAGUACUAGAAGCUCUCAAGGAUGGACCGAAAUUUCUAAAUAAAGUUGAAGAGGCCUUUUUGUGUAUCUGCUGUCAGGAGGUCGUGUUUCGGCCGGUCACAACCGUGUGCCAACACAACGUGUGCAAGGAUUGCUUGGACAGAUCCUUCCGAGCGGACGUGUACAGCUGUCCCGCCUGCCGCUACGACCUGGGCAGGAAUUACACCAUGCAAGUGAACGAGACCCUGCAGAGUGUCCUCACCCAGCUCUUCCCUGGCUACGGCAACGGACGGUGAUUCUGUAAAGCACUUCGAUUUUUUUUUUUUUUUUUUCUUUUAUUCAAACUUAUUAAUUGAGUUUUCAAUGGGCUUAAUUUAAAAAAAAAAAAAACCCAACAAAAAAACCAACAACAAAACAAACAAAACAGUAGUCUGUGUUCUCCCAGACCCCUAAAAAAGUUUAAUGUCUUCCUCGUUUUUAAAAAAACUAUAAACUUCAAGGAAUAUCCUUUUGUAUGUUUGUGGGUUUUGUUUUUGUUCUAAAUGUCAAACUUCGCUUUUUUUUUUUUGCUGCCCCCCCUCAAAACUGCCACUCAUCAGCACAGAAUUGUUAUUUUUUUUUAAAAAGGAUUUACAAAGUGCUUCCGGUAAGGCUGCUAAUGAUUAUGAAAGUUCUCAGAGUGCCCCCUCUGCCCACUCUUAUUUUUCUAUUUUUUUUUUUUCUAUUCCAAAAAAUAAAAUAAAUGGCUUGGUUGCUAGAACAAUCUUUACCGUUUGGGGAUUUGGCCAUCAAGGUAGAGUUGUGCAUCACCUUGGCAGCAUUUUGACGCUCAAUUUGUACAAGAUGGUUUCUGGCUUAACGAUCUUUUUUAUUACCACAAGUGGGUAUUUGCUAAUUAUUUUUUAUUUUUUUUAAGAACUGGGUUUUAUACAUUUGAGAAACCUAUCGAAAGCCAUUUCCUGCUAAUUUUGUAUAUCGAAAAAAAAAAGAAAAUAAAGCUGCUUGUGUAUAGCCAAGUGGUGGGAG